UCGUUACCGCUGAGCUUGGUCGACGAUCGCCCAGGGAAAGUGCCGCUGUCACUUCUCCCAUUGCUAUUCCCCGGACAUGGCUCUCGCAUUUGCUCUGGUUUAAGGAAAAUACGAGUGGGGCAUGGUGGUUGCUCCUCGCGCCCCAGACGGGCUGCAAGGAAGGUGAUGGGUGUUGCUACGGAAACGAGGCAGCCCUCCGGAUGCCCCCAUGCGAGUCCCUGGGCAUCACCACUGUAGAGCACGUCAUGGGGGUGGGUGCAUCGUCGCCAGACCCUCCCCAGGCUCCUCCCGACAUGGGGCGCAAGAAGAGGGCACCCCUGCUGACGCUACGCAAGCGGCUGGCACGUCGCCGGUGGAGAGCCAGCAAGGGCUUUGACCAUGCGCAAGUGUUCAACGAUUUCCUCAACUCAGCUGGCUGGACUGUGCGAGAGGUGGCAGCUCUGGUGCACGAUUACGAAGCCACUGGUGCCCUGCGAGAGCUCACGGCGCAUGCCGAUGCUGCACGACCUCCCGCACGCUCCUGUCGCGCUGACCUCGGCCGCUUGCUGGAAUCCCGGCUGUGCACGGACGUGACGCUUGCCUACCGGGGCACCGCCUUUCCGGCCCACCGGGCACUGCUGUCGGCACGGUGCCCAUUUUUUAGGGACCUGCUGUUGGAAGGAGCACGACAACAAAUGAUGGUGUUGGAGAUGGACAUUCCGGGCGUGGGAGUGGAGCUGUUUGGGGACCUGCUGCGAUACCUGUACACGGGCGAGCUCAGCGUGGCUGGGGAGGCCGGCAGCAGUGCGGCCCUCUCGACACUGCUGCGGUUGAGCGAGCAGUUUGGAGUGCCCAACCCGCUUGCACACGACCUGCGGAGGAUGCUGGAAGGUGGACAGCUGGCGGAUGCCAGCCUGGUGUGGGAGGUGCCAGGCAGUGUGGCGCAGGAGUUUCCCUGCCACAGGGCGGUGCUAGCAGCACGGUGCCCCUUCUUCCGUGGCGUCAUCCAGCGACGGACCACUGCUGGUGGUGAAGCGGGUCACAUGCGCAUUGUCCUCGACGCUGCCGUGGUUCCCUUGCGGCAUGCUCGCAUCCUGCUCUGGGCUCUGUAUCAGGACACGGUAGACUUGUCCAUGUUGAGUGGAUCAUUGGCUGACGAGUUGAUGGAACUCUACCAGGUGGCACGGCUCAUCGAGGUGGACUCUUUGGCUCAGGCGUGCGAGGAUGCCCUGGUGGAACUGUUGGGUCCAGACACCCUGUGUGGAGUGUUGCAGUGGAGUGAGCAGCCACACGGAUCACCUUGGGUGCACCGGCAGGCCAUGGCCUUCCUGGCCGAGGAGUUCUCGGCACUGGCAGCCACUCCUCUGCUCUUCCAACUCACCAAGGGACAGCUGCUUGCCCUAUUGCAGUCAAACUUUCUGCAGGCCAGUGAGUUGGAGAUCUUGGUGGCUGUACUCAAGUGGGGGGAGCAGCAGCUGCUCAAGAGGAUGGAAGAAAGAGAGCCGAACAUUGUGAGCCAGACGACACACAGUGUUGCCAGGCGUGGUGCCCGCAGUCGGCGGGACCUGCUGAGUGACAACGAGCUGCGGGACUUGCUCUCUGAGCUUCUGUGUCACGUGCGGACGGCACACGUGCUUCCCCCGGGUGCGGAAGCCCUGCUGUCGGCCCAGCGGCGGGGCCUUUUUCCUCGCCCACCGCCGUGCAUGCUGGGAGGGGAGGAAGCGCCACCUUCCAGGGGAGCUGCUGCCUCUUGGUUGAUGGGCCCUCGGCCUCGCCUUUUCACCCCUUACAUGGAAGAGGCCAAGGCCUGGCUGGAAGAACAGCUCUCCCAGGAGCAAGCAUUGGGACCCGUGUCGCCCAGCCCCCCCCACCUGUCUCACAUUCCAGACACCCUGUACAUGGUCGACAAAGGAGCCACAUUCCGAGAGGCCUGCGUACCACAUGGACCUGCCCCAGCUGUGCGCCUACCCGACCCUUCACUGCCAGUGCUAAGUGAAGAGCUGCUGCGGCAGAUGCGGCAGCGGAUGCAGGAGUUGCGGCAUGGUGCAGCGCGUGCCUACUCGCUGGGGGCCAAUCGAUGCGCCAUCAGCCACCAGUUGCAGCUGCGUGUGGUGCGUGAGGCAGGCCUUCCCGACCAGGCGGCCGCCCUGCUGCCAUUGAACGAGGACUGGCUCUCCACCACGUUGCAAGACCCCCUGGACCUGAUGGUGGCGAGGCCUGCCCGAGCUCCACCAAACCCCAUCUUGGUCCCACCUUCGCGAGCCCUGCCUCGACGAUUGGCCCCGCCCUCGGACCUCAGGCUUCACAGGCAGCCACACCUGGGAAGGCGGGCGCUGCGAUUGGCCGAGCUGCAAAGCGAGAACCUCAGCAAGAUGAUCCCAGACAUUGCCAUGGCGACGGCGACCCUCGAGCACUUGGACCUGGCCGAGUCUGAGAAGGACGAGUAUGGCUGUGAGGCUGACGACUUGUCGCCUGUGCACAUGCUUGUCUGACCACGGCCACAACGGCGGCACAUCAGCCUGCAGCAGCUUGUGCAGCCUUGUGAGCAACGGUCGUCAUCUAAGCCGUCAUAUGUGUUCAACCCUGUGUCUCGUGACGACAGCUUUGAGGGAGAACUGCAGAUGUCGUGGCGUGUCGGGGACAGCUUUUCUUCGCUGGGGCGUCGUCCAGUGCAGAGACCAUGGUUCGCCUCUGGUGACCCCAAGAGACACUGACCCGGUUCUUAUUGCUCUGCUAUUUAUUUAUGAUUCAGUCUUCCAUGGCUCUGUGGUGGAUGCAGUGGCACCUUGGGGAUUGACACUCUGUCGUGUUACGUAAGCAAUGUUGGCACACAACUGGGGCUCAAGCUUGAAUAUAUGCUGUACAAACUUGUCUUAGAGCUGUCACCUUUAGAGCAAUUUCUUUGAUAUGCGAGAUUAUUUAACACAUAUGCCUUUGAAUACUACAAGCUGCAUAGCAACAGGAUUAGUCAAUAAAUUCAUGCCUUGAGUGCAACUGUGUACGUACUUGUGGGGUCAAAAUUGCUUUCCAAGAGCUUACUGCAGGAUCUGCAAGUGCCUAGAUUUUAUGAUUUUUUAGGCAUUUUUUAUUUUGAUAUUUUGUAAAUGUAUUUUAAACUGGUAUUUUUCGUUGCGAUAUUUUUAUUUAUGUGAAUGUGAGGUAGCUAGAAAAUCUGGUCGUCUGAUGGAAAGAUUUAUGACAGCCGAGCCUCAUGUUUUAACAGGAAAAUACCUUCAUUGUAUUUGACACUGAUGUUUGCAGCGUCCUCUUCUGGAUGCCUGUCGAUACGUUUUACGGUAACAACAAUAAAUUAUGCUCAUGCGCCUUGCACCAUCAUAAUAAAUGACCUGGCACACUGGCUGCUGCUGGGCCAGUGUUUAUGUUUCUGACCCAAGAGGAACUAUGAACUUCUUGGUAGCCUCCUCACUACUCUUUGAUUACAGUACAUAGCUGGAAUUCGGCAACUGAAAUUUGUUUGAGGCUGCCGUGUUUGCAGCAUUUUGUAUGCAUUGUGUGACAAUUCGGUUGCUUCUAUACGAUUACUUCUUGGCUGUGCUCGUCCAAAUAAUCGCACAACUCUGAAAAAGGUCACACUUUUGCCGCAAGGGCGAAGAGCUUCGAAUUGGGAUGUUAUACGAAGUCGGACCUGGUGAUACUGGACAAAAAGUGGCUGCUGCAGCGACCUUGGUGCUUGAGCGCAAAGUAAGUGAUGAGCCCAUUUGAUCAACUGCAUCUGGCAUCCCUCCUUUGUGCAAAGGAAACAUGCCAGCUGUGUUUCAUCUCUACUUCAGCCGCAUUUGUUGGCAGCACUCACGCGCUUUCACUCGCGCAUAGAACAUAGAGUGUUAUUGAUUUGAUCUUUAUACAGACGGCGACAGCAAAAAUGCGCCUCGAGUGUCCACAUAGUAAUUGCUGUUGACACUUGUGCUGCUGCCAGAAUACACAAUUUCAGCGACAUUCAAGCAUGCUUUCCGGUAACCAUUAUCAUGUUCCAUCCCACAUUUUCAGCUUUGCUAUGGCAGGACCUCAUUUUAUGUACAGCAUGACCAGCCAAAUUUUGCAUAAUUUGUUACAUCUCAUCAUAUCACCGUAUGUGGCAAUGGAAAAAUCAUUCUGCUCGAUUGCCGGUGAGCUUUGGCUGUUGGGCUGUCCUGAACACUUAGAGUGUGCAAUACCAACGAUGGUUAGCAAUGUCUGCCUCCUUUUCCUGUGUUUGUCGUUUUGGUGCCACUGAGCCAACAUUUCAUAUAUUGUAUGCUUCACAGAGAGUCCUAAGAUACUGUACCGACAUUUGGAAGAAUUUAUUUUGGCCUUCCACUGUUUAAUGAAAUUGAUGUGAAAAUUUUAAAAGAAUUUGUGUAUCACAUUUACGGUCCUGCAACUCUUUUAUCAAAACAUAAAUUGCCGUCACAAAGUGAUGCUUCACUCUCUUCUGUACCGUAUCAUUUUUCUAUAAUUCUGGGAAAUGUAGCUCUUCCAUGUAAGUCCUGAAACAUGCUGAAAGAGUUUGCAGAUUUGUGAUGUAGGUUUCUGAUGCCACUGUGAACUUGAGAACGCUAUUUUCUUUCUAUCUGAUUCAGCAAUUUUUGAUAGAUUACAGGCCCCAAGUCAGAAUUCUGCUUCAAAUGGUCAUUGUACUAUCACAUUAUCCCCUAAUCACAAUAAAUUUUAUCCCAAUAAGUUCAGUGCCAGCCUAAUUAGAGUGCAUAUCGCUUGUGACAUAAUCGGGAGACCAGAUUUGUCCUCAAGCAAGAAGAAUGAAAUGCUCAGAUAAUUAGUAAACUUCACAUAGCAGAGUGUUGCUUAAGAUAAGACCUGGGAUUCCCUUAUUUACCCAAUAUUUUCUGCAGGAUGUUGUAGUAUGGCAGACUUGUUUUAAAGGGAGCAUAAAGCAUUCAUCCUACUGAUCUAUCGCUGCAACUGAGAGGGGGCUACACCCAUAAACCAACACAUCAUGGCAUGCAGGGCAACAGAUGUGUUGCCUUGGACGUGCCCAGCAAAGGUGCUGCUGUUUUCUUGUAGUAUCGGCAAUUCCUUCAUUAGCACGAUAAAAAGGAGCAGCCAGCUACUCAGGCACACAUAAAAAGACGUGAUGUAUUUCUAACUCUUGCAAUCACAUCCUGUUUUUAGCAUGGCCUUUGAAAUUGGCUUCUGUUACUCGAGUGAAUUGUCUCUGCGAGAUCAUUUUGUCACCACUCUGGGUUGUCGCACUGCUGUAUGGUUCAAUUGCGACAUUGAAAAAUUCAAAUACAAAUUUUCUGCUUCACCAAAUGUGCCGAAAUACUGUCAGCCUGGUGUGGGAUGUUUAUAGGCCAUUAUGCAAUGCAUAAUUAAAGCUCUAA